AAGUUGAGCUUCCAUUCAAACCAUAAACAAAAAAUACCAAGACUGGAAACUCGGCGGUCAACUGACGUUUGCCUACAAGCUGCGAGGUGUGGUGAAAGUCGUGAACCUACCGUUGUGUUCGUGUCCGAUGUGUGGGGAAUGUCGUGAAUCUAUAAAUGUGUGCGUCAUUUACCAACGUGGUGGCUUUCACAUAUAUUCACAAACAGCACUGUACACAAAAGGGUUUUGGGGGGAAAGACGUACGAAAGUUUCCAGUCUUGGUAUUUUUUGUUUAUGCUGGCAAUAGUUACAAAGAGAAAUGGGAAUUUGAGAGAGCAUGUGAAAAAAGAAAAACAUACUCGUAGACGAACUGGUUGUUGGAAGUGGUUAGUGCCAUAAACAAAAAAUACCAAGACUGGAAACUCGGCAGUCAACUGACGUUUGCCUACAAGCUGCGAGGAGUGGUGAAUGUCGUGAACCUAUCGUUGUGUUCGUGUUGUUUAUGAUUCAAACCAUCAACUAACUUCGACUUUGGAGAUUCUCUGGGUACGGCUUCAGCUCGUUUUCAUGCGAUUGAACGAAAAUUCAAUUUUAACCCAAAUCUGAAAACGGAAUAUUCGAAAUUCAUCCAUGAAUACAUCUCUCUUGGACAUAUGGAAGAAAACCCUUCCAACGAAAUUAAAAAUUCUCCAAACUACUAUUUGCCUCAUCACGCAAUCUUUAAAGAAUAUAGUAGUACUACAAAAAUUCGUGUCGUGUUUGAUGCGUCCGCGAAAACUAGCUCUUCAAACUCUUUAAACGAAACUCUUCUUGUCGGCCCUACCAUCCAGCGCGAUAUUUUCUCAAUCUGUUUAAGAUCUCAUCAACAUGCCUAUCUUAUGACUGGAGACAUUGAAAAAAUGUAUAGGCAAAUCUGGGUUGCUCGAAAACACAUAGAUUUCCAACGAAUAGUCUGGCGCGAUAGCCCAAAUGAACAGUUAAAACAUUUUCGUCUUCUCACCGUUACGUACGGAACAGCUGCAGCUCCAUUUUUAGCCACUCGAGUUUUAAAACAGUUAGCUGCUGAUUCUUCGGUAACUCAUCCUCGAGCAUCAAAGAUUCUCUUGGAAGAUUUUUACGUUGAUGAUGUCAUCACUGGCUCCGAUACCAUUGACGAAAUCAUAUCGCUUCAGACGGAACUAGUCGGACUAUUGAAAUCAGCUGGAAUAAAUCUUAGAAAGUGGACUACUAAUUGUUGGCCACUUUUGAUUUCUCUACCAGAUGAUCAGCGUGAACUUUCACCGGUAGACUUUGAAGAAUCGAAUUCUAUCAAAGUGCUGGGUUUGCAGUGGUGCCCAUCAAAAGAUGUAUUUUCAUACAAAGUCAAAUUUAAUCCGUCAAAUACAUGCACAAAACGUCACAUAUUAUCAGAAGCUUCAAAAAUCUUCGACCCGUUGGGAUUUCUUGCUCCUGUCAUCGUAGGAGUUAAAAUCUUGCUUCAGGAGCUCUGGAGAAAACAAAUCGCUUGGGAUGAAGAAGUUCCAGAUUCCUUAUCACAGCAAUGGAACUCUAUACGAAAUGAGCUACCCAUCGUCGAAUCUUUCGCUAUACCGCGAAUUAUGCUUCAAAAACAACGUUAUUGGGAACUGCACGGCUUCUGCGAUGCAUCUCUGGAUGCAUACGCAGCAGUGGUCUAUUGUCGAAACGUCAACUCGGAUAAGUCUACUUCGGUUACUCUCGUCGCUGCAAAAUCUAAGGUCGCUCCAUUGAAAGUUUUAUCUCUUCCAAGGCUUGAGUUUUGUGGCGGCUUAUUACUCGUUCGUUUGGUAAACAAAAUCAAGCUCUCUUUACAGGUACCAGAAGUUAAUGUAUUCUGUUGGACGGACUCAUCAAGUGUCUUGCAUUGGUUUUGGUUGGCCGCAUCUCCAAAGAAAUGGUCGGUCUUCAUUGGAAAUCGAACAUCCGAAAUUCUGACAUCAAUGCCUUUUAAAUUGUGAAACCAUGUUCGAUCUGCUUCUAAUCCUGCUGAUGCCGCGACAAGAGGACUGCUGCCAUCAAUGUUAAAAACAAAAGGUAUCUGGUGGGAAGGUCCAGGAUGGCUUAGUAAAGAUAGAGACCAAUGGCCUUCGUCUAGUGACAUUUCAGAAGACAUCGACACUCAGCAGUUGGAAGAGCGUAAGACAAACAAAAUAGUUAAUGUUUUUCUGUCUAAUCAAGAUCCAAUCCUUCCAUUCGAUAACAUCACUAAUAAUUGUUCAAGUUGGUUGAAAGUAGUGCGCGUAGCAACAUACGUUAUUCGGUUUAUCGACAAUUAUUUUAGACCAAAAGAACUCAGGAUUCUUAAUCCGAUUUCCACUGAUGAGUUAUCCUUUGCUAAAAACCUAAUCAUAAAAUAUGUUCAAUCGUCCCUAUUCAGUUCUGAAAUUAAUUGGUUAAAAUCUAAUAAACAGCUUCCUUCAAAAAGCAGACUUUUAAGUUUGAAUCCAUUCAUUGACUCUAAAGGUGUUCUUCGUGUCGGUGG